AUGAUAUUCGCGGCGCGGCAGAUACAGGAGAAAUGCCGAGAGAAACAACAACCGUUCUAUGAGCUGUUCGUCGACCUGACAAAGGCGUUCGACACGGUCUCGAGAGAGAGUUUAUGGUUGCUCCUACGCAAGUACAGCUGCCCACCUGGUUUCAUCAAACUAGUACGUCGACUGCACGACGGCAUGGAAGCGCGGAUAAUUAGCGGUACGGACACAUCUGAGCCGUUCUCGGUCUCCCAUGGAGUUAAACAAGGCUGUGUUAUUGCACCGACUCUAUUCGGUCUGUUUCUCGGUGCGAUGGUCGCAGAGGCUACCCGUGAUCUGAGCUGCGUGGCUACCAUCCGCCACCGUACAUCCGGUGGCUUGUUCACCACACAACACUUGAAGGCCAAAACAAAGGUCACACUGCAGAUGAUACUGGACCUGCUGUAUGCUGAUGACACCGCAUUGGUCGCGCAUAGCGAAGCCGAUCUUCAGCAGAGUCUGGACCGACUGCACACGGCCUGUCAUCGCUUCGGCCUCAAGAUUAGCGUUAAGAAGACGGUGGUCCUGUUCCAGCCCGCACUGGGUGGCCCUAACGCCCUGCCGAAAAUCACAAUCGACGAUCAACUGUUACAAGUGGUCGACAAAUUCGCAUACUUGGGCAGCUGCAUCAGCAGCGACGGUACUAUGGACGCCGAGAUCGACUGUCGUAUUGCUAAAGCUAGCGCUGCCUUCGGUGCACUACAAAGACGGGUGUGGAGUGCGGCCGGAAUCAGAAGAUCAACCAAAGUCAAGGUGUACCAGGCCAUGGUUCUGUUGACACUUCUUUAUGGAUGCGAGGCCUGGACCUGCUACGCAAAACAUCUGAAGCGGCUUGAAGCGUUCCAUCAGAGGAAGCUCCGAUCGCUCCUGGGCAUCAGUUGGAAGGAUCACAUCACGAAUGCUGAAGUUCUCGCCCGCGCCGGUCUACCAAGUGUUGAGGCACGGAUCCGCUCGUCUCAGCUACGCUGGGUCGGGCACGUGGUCCGUAUGCCAGAACACCGGCUGCCUAAACAAAUUCUGUACUCGGAGCUUGAGGCGUGCAAGCGUCCAGUGGCCGCCCGCGUCUCAGGUUCCUGGACACGCAGAAAGCGCUUGAUCGGGCGUCGUGGCGUCUCUCAUUACAUCAAGGCGCCCGACGCCUCGACGAACUUAGAACAGUGCGGCGGAAAGUCCAGAGAACAAGGGCUAAAACGAUGGCUCAACUACCACCUAGUGGGCCAACCCUCGUGUGUCCUGACUGUGGCCGCGAGUGCAGGUCCAGGAUUGACCUGCUGA